AUGGGUGAUUAUGAUGCAAUAAACGACGAGAUAAAGAAUUUUCUGAGUCUUACAGACAGAAGCCCUUGCGAGGAUGCUCUCCCUGCCAAGGAUCCAAAGGCAAAUGAAGAAGGUAUUUCUUCCUUGAUAACACUUCUCACAAGCCUACAGAAUGUAUACAAUGAGAUCAAUACAAACCUUGUUGCUGGGGACAAUGAGGGGCUCAAGAAUGUUAUUCUAAACAGUGAUGUGAAGAUGUCUCUGGUAUGUGAGUCUCUCAUGAGGGUGCUGAAGGAUGUGUCGCAGGAAAAAAGUGAGCUUGUGAAGAAUGAAGAGAAGUACAAGGAAAGAAUAAGAAAGAUGAAUGAGGAGAAGGAAAGCCUUGAAAUUAAAAUAAACAAGAUGGAAAGUGAUCUCGAGUUUCUGAACCGAGGGAACCAGGAGCUUAGCCGGAUUAUCAGGGAUCAAAAGAACAAGAUUCAAGCCUUUAAAGAGAAGGCGGAUCUUGAGAAGAGAAAUUGCGAUAGCUUUCGAUCGAUAAAUGGAGAACUAGAGAUUCUAAGGAAGAAGGCCUUAGAGAAAUGUGAUGUUUAUGAGAAGGAGAUAGGUGUGUUGAAGGAGUACAUGAAAGAAAGAGGAGGGGAGAUAGGGAGACUAAGGGAUGAGGCCAAACAAGGAGAGGAAGAAAGAGAAAGACUCAGCAAGAAAAUAGUAAGUCUUGAAAAGAACAAUGAGCUGCUUCGAAAGAAGUUGGAGAUGAAGGAGAGUGCCAUUGGAGUGUGCAAUUCCGAGUUAUCGAAACUGAUUUCCAAAGAGAAGAGGAUUGAGAACGAGAUUGAGAAGAUGAAAGAAAGAGCAUCUUAUUAUGAGAGGCUUUACAAGGCUACCAACAGCCAAAAUGAGUAUCUCAACAGACAACUUUCGAAGAUGAUAAGAGAUACAGACAAAAUAGAGAUUCCCGAAUAUGAUCCAAAUGCCCAGGAGGAGAUGACAGCGAUAUCGAAUGAGAAGAAUGGUAAUGGUGUGGAGCAAAAUGAUCUGAAGAGAAUCAAGAGAUAUAGAAAACGAAUUCAUGAUCAGAAGAGGAUAAAUGAAAAGCAAAGGAUAGAGAUUCAGGAUUUGAGCAGAGAGGUUGAAAGGCUUAGAGACGAGGUUUCAAGGCUUCAGGAGGAAAGGACGAAAGCUAUUAAUGCAAACAGUAAGAUUAUGGAAGAGCUGAUGAGUAAGGUUGAAAGAUUGUUAGAGAAGAAUAGAGAAUAUCAAGGGAUUAUUUAUGAACUCCGAGGAAGAGACAUGAAGGAGGACAAAGGCCGAGUGGAUUUCAACGAAAGCUUCAGGACUGUGAAUGAUGGAGAGAAUGAUCAAGUGGAGAAGGAAGACUUUUUUACCUCAAAGAUCCCUGGAAGAGGGGAAGAGUUAGAAGAUGGAAACAGCGUAAGGCCAUUUACACUUAGGAAUGACUAUGGGAGCAAAGUAAAUGACGAUAGUAUAUAUGAUGAUUCGAGUAGGAUCUAUGGGAUGGGAGUCAGGAACAUUCCUUCAAGGCUGAGUUUUCCAAAGAAGCAGAAUGAGGUGGGCGAUGAGAAUGGCGAACAAAUUAAGCUGAAUCUUCCGGAUAGUUUUUUCAGUAGCCUUGCAAGUUCUAAAAAAGAGAUAGGUUUGAAUGAAGAAGAAUGCCUAGAAAGGAAAGAAGAGAAUGCUAGAGAGGCAGGGAGGGAUACCGGGUAUCUGGAUGAUCCAUUUGAUAGUCUAAGUAAUAAGAACUUUGGAAAGGAUGCAGAAAGUAGGGGAGAAUCUGACGUAAGCACCACAUCACCGAAAACUGUUCGCACAACUUCUACAUUGCACGAGAUGCUUAAGAGAACAGAUGCCUUACAAGAAAAGUUCGACAAGUUGGAAGAUCAUCUCAACGCAAUAAAGAACAGCGAUAAGGUUGAUGCUGAGAAGGUCCAUGAUCAGAUCAAGGCAUACAAAAACUACUACUACUCUGAUUAUUUGGACAUGUCUAAUGAAUCCGAUGUCAUUUAA